AAUCUAAAAACCUUCCCUCACCACACUCCUUCUUCACACACUCCACACUCCCAACAACCACAACAACCAUGUCUCUCACAAUCCCAACUAAUUACCUCUCCAAGCCCUCCCUCAAACCCUUCCUCACAAAACCUAAAUCCACCACCAUAAUAUGCAGCGCCGCCACGCCAACACCCUCCUCCGCCGCUAACAACAGCACCGACACCGCCGACUCCAAGCUGAAGGCCUUCUCCGCCGCCUUAGCACUCUCGUCGAUCCUCCUCUCCGCUCCCCUCCCCGCCGCCGCCGACAUCUCCGGCCUCACUCCCUGCAAGGAGUCGAAGCAAUUCGCGAAGCGGCAGAAGCAGUCGAUCAAGAAGCUCGAAUCAUCGCUGAAGAACUACGCGCCGGACAGCGCUCCGGCGCUGGCGAUAAAGGCGACGAUCGAGAAGACGAAGAGACGGUUCGAGAACUACGGGAAGCAGGGGCUGCUGUGCGGUUCGGACGGGCUUCCGCAUCUGAUAGUGAGCGGAGAUCAGAGGCACUGGGGAGAGUUCAUAACUCCGGGGAUCCUGUUCUUGUACAUCGCCGGGUGGAUCGGGUGGGUUGGAAGAAGCUACCUGAUUGCGAUUAGGGACGAUAAGAAGCCGACUCAGAAGGAGAUCAUCAUCGACGUGCCACUCGCCACUCGCUUGGUUUUCCGGGGAUUCAGUUGGCCCAUUGCUGCUUACAGAGAACUCUUGAACGGCGAACUUAUCGCCAAGGAUGUCUAACUCAACAAACAAGGGAAGCGAGGAAGGUGCUCUUUAAAUGAUAUAACUCUGUUUGAUGGGGGGAAUUUGGUGGUGGUGGUGGUGAUGGUGGAAUAUUUAUUAUGCGCACCUCUGUUGUAAAUUUGAAUUAGUCGUUUGUGUGGAAUGUACCGAACGUAAACCACAAUGAAAAAUUGAUCUGAGUUUUUGUUCUUUA